AUGGCUCUUUAUUAUUGGGAUAAUGAAUUAGAACGAUCAGUUAAUAGUAUCUUUGAUAAUUUUAUUCAAGAUUUAAACGUUGCAAGGAGAAGAUCCACCCCUCGUAGUGGAGACGUGACAAGAAGAGCUUGGUCUCCUUUAAUCGACGUUCAUGAAAAUGAUAAAGAAUUUACCGUUCAUGCAGAGUUACCAGGACUUAAUAAAGAUCAAGUUAAUGUCGACGUUCGUAACAAUGCUCUUGUAAUUUCUGGUGAAACUAAACAGGAUCAAAAACACGACGAAGGAAAUACUCACGUUCAAGAACGUCGUUAUGGUUCUUUUACUCGUACAAUUUCUUUACCACGAAAUUCUAAGGUUGAGGAAAUUUCUGCCAAAUUUAAUCAAGGUCUUCUUGAAGUUAUCAUUCCAAAAGGAGAGGUUCCAUCUGGAAAAAAAAUUACCAUUGGAUAA